UCUGAGGAGUCAAGCAUCUAUAAGCUUAUUCAGACCUCUGAUGAAAUCAUGCAAAUAAACACAGGGCAUCAGCUCACCUCAACAUUGUCUGAUGUGGUUAUGGACUCUAAACUGAAAGCACUAAGGAAUUACGAGCAUUUUGAACCUGAUAAUACAGAGGAACAUGAAGAUCCAAGAGAGUACUGCUAUGGUGGAUAUCACCCAGUUCAGCUUGGGAAUGUCUUUAAUAGGAGAUACAAGGUUCUGUCAAAGCUGGGCUGGGGAUAUUUCUCAACUGUAUGGCUCUGCAUUGACCUCAGGUCAUGUAGGCAUGUGGCCGUGAAGGUGUUGAAGAGUGGUGCUGGAUUCACUCAAGCUGGCCAAGAUGAACUGACAUUACUGCGCUGUGCCAGUGGUCUCACAUCUCGUAACCCUCUUCGAGGACGUAUAGUGCAGUUACUGGAUGAGUUUAAGAUAGCUGGUGUGAACGGGAUCCAUAUCUGUUUGGUACUGGAAUUGCUGGGGCCAGAUUUGCGCUGCUGGCAGGUGUGUUUCGGAAAUCCAGGUCUUUCUCUAAUCUGUGUCAAACGAGUCAUCACACAGGUGCUUGAAGGACUGGUGUAUCUUCACAACCACUGUAAGAUCAUUCACACAGAUAUAAAGCCUGAGAACAUACUGCUGUGUCUCACAACACAGUCCCCACCUCAUUCACCAGGGGGCGCUCUGCAGACUUCCUCUUCAGCCAUCAAAGCCACAAUACUCCAGCACACUGGAAAAGAUGGACAGCCUGGAAACUUGGAUAACAUCAUGGUGAAGAUUGCAGACCUUGGCAGCUCAUGUUGGGUGUACAAACACUUUAGUCAAGAGAUUCAGACCAGACAAUAUCGCUCAUUGGAAGUUCUGCUGGGAUCAGAAUAUGGACCACCAGCUGACAUCUGGAGCGUGGCCUGCCUGGCAUUUGAGCUUGUUACUGGUGAUUCCUUAUUUGAACCCAAAGCAGGGCCAAAUUUCUCCUUAGAGGAAGACCACCUGGCUCAUAUUAUUGAGCUCCUGGGUAAAAUCCCAAUGUCAGUAGCUCGGUCGGGUAGAUAUUCCUCUAAGUAUUUCGACGGCAAAGGUGACUUGCUGCGUAUCACUGUCCUCCGUGAAUGGGGGCUGUAUGAAGUACUUGUGGAGAAAUAUCACUUUCUUCUCAGGGAAGCAUCCCUCUUCUCUGAUUUCCUGUUACAAAUGUUGGACUUUCUACCAGAACGGAGAGCCACAGCAACUCAGUGCCUCAAACAUCCCUGGCUAAAACUAUGACCCAAACAUUCCCCUUCCUGACUUUUUUGUACUCUUGUUAGAACUUCAAAGUAGUUAUCCCCUGGUACUGUGUUCCAUUUUUGCUGAUUUAAAUUUAAAAUUUCACUGUACAACAUCAUAUGUUUUACUGUAAUACAGUUUAAAAAUGACUGUUACGAUAAUGAGAAUCAUCUUUGGAAAUAAUGGGAAUAUAUGGUCCUAAAUGUAGAUUUAGUUUCAUUAAGCAUAAUAUAAUAUCAUGUAAUUUUAUUAUUGUUAUUAUUUUGUUUUGGUAUAGAUAUUGGAUUCAAUUUGACCAGGACAUUUUCUUGACAGGGCUUGUGAGAUUUGCAAAUUUUCAUAACAAAGGUUUAACGUUUUGAAUGUGUUCGAUUUACUGGCAUAAAAGCCACAUUCCUCUUUUAAAUAAAGCAUAUAGUGUAAUUGUGUGUGACUGUUCAAGCUAAACUCAAAUAAUUACAGCUUGUACAGUAACUCAAUAUGAUUACAAUUUUGAGUUACACUCACUAAGCACUUUAUUAGGAAUACCUGUACACGUACUUAAUAAUGCAAUUAUCUACUCAGCCAAUCAUGUGGGAGCAGUGCAUAAAAUCAUUCCGGUACGGGUCAGGAGCUUCAGUUAAUGUUCACAUCAACCAUCAGAAUGGGGGAAAAUGUGAUCUCAGUGAUUUCGAACGUGGCAUGAUUGUUGGUGCCAGACAGGCUGGUUUGAGUAUUUCUGUAACUGCUGAUCUCCUGGCAUCUUCACGCACAACAGUCUGUAGAGUUUACUCAGAAUGGUGCCAAAAACAUAAAACAUCCAGUUAUUGGCAUUCUGCAGAUGGAAACACCUUGUUGAUGAGAGAGGUCAUUGUAGAAUGUACAGACUGGUUCGAGCUGUCAGAAAGGCUACAGUAACUCAGAUAACCACUCUGUAGUGAGCAGAAUAGCGUCUCAGAAUGCACAACGUGUCAAACGUUGAGGCGGAUGGACUACAACAGCAGAAGACCACGCCGGGUUCCACUUCUGUCAGCCAAGAACAGAAAGCUGAGGCUGCUGUGGGCAAUGGCUCACCAAAACUGGACAGUUGAAGACUGAAAAAAUUUAGCUUGGUCUGAUGAAUCUCGAUUUCUGCUGAGGCACACAGAUGGUAGUGUCAGAAAUUGGUGCCAACAGCAUGAAUCCAUGUACCCCACCUGCCUUGUGUCAAAGGUUCAGGCUGAUGGUGGUGGUGUAAUGGUGUGGGGAAUGUUCUCUUGGCACACCUUGGGCCUGUUAAUACCAAACAAUCAUCGCUUGAAUGCCACAGAUUAUUUGAUUAUUGUUGCUGACCAUGUGCAUCCCUUCAUGGCCACAAUUUACCCAUCUUCUAAUGGCUACUUCCAGCAUAAUGAUGCACCAUGUCACAAAGCAAAAGUUGUCUCAAACUGGUUUCAUGAAUAUGAUUAUGAGUUCACUGUUCUUCAGUGGCCUUCCCAGUUGACGGAUCUGAAUCCAAUAGAAUACCUUUGGGAUGUGGUAAAAUGGAAGAUUUGCAGCAUGAAUGUGCCGCAACAAAUCUGAAGAAAUUGUAUGAUGCAAUCUCAAAAAGGAAUGUUUCCAACAUCUUCUAGAAUCCAUGCCAUGAAGAACUGAGGCUGUUUUGAGAGCAAAGGUAGGCCCUACCCAGUAGGCUAUUAUAGUGCUCCUAAUAAAGUGCCCAGUGAGUAUACUUUUGAGAAACAGCCUGUUUGUGACACCAUAUUUCACAAUAUAUCUUUACAUCAAAGAAACCUUAAUCUCUCCCAUAAUAGCUUGUACAGUCACCAUCUGUUUGUCCAUUUGAAUAUAAGUUUUAGAUUAAAAUUUAUUCAGCUAGGACAGAACAGCAGGUCUUGUUGUUGGGCUGUGAUGGAUCAGCACAAAAUGUUAGCCACCAUUGGCCUACAUGCUGGUUUUAUAAUAUAUAUUAUAUUAAAUGUACAAAUUAAUGUACAAAGACAACCAAUUAAGCAAUAGAUCAUAUAAUCAAAUUAAGAAAAAUUAAUACUAAUAAAUGUUGGUUUAUAAAAACAUAGUUUCCUACACUAUGUUGCACUGGAGGUUACACAACAUGCAGUCGAUUGGAUUGAUGGUGUAAUAUAAACUCUUUAUUGCUAAUCCUGUAUAUAUUUAAAAAGAGUUUCUAACAUAAGAAAAACAUAUGAACAAUACUAUUGAGUCAGAAGUAUUUACAGGUUGAGAGUGUUGCCUCCUCCUUCAAACUGAGUUUUAGCUCUUCUCUUUUGUCUUUGACCACCUCCAUAGCAGCCAGGUCUUUGGAAGCUCUGAUCUGUAGCUCAUCUACCUUUCUAUGUUUAUUUCCUGUUCAAGCCAUCUGAGUUGUAAUAGUUCAUGAUGAAGAGGAAAACCUCUGAUACCAGCAUCAUCACACCACAAGGAAAAUACAUGUAUUUGUGGUGAUUGAAGAUGUCCACCAUUAAA